GAUGAUCCAGUAAGUGCUGCGCGUUAUUACGGGUGGGUGCGGUCUGCGCGAGGGAGAUCGUCUUAUCUUGCUGGGAUGAGACCGAAGUCCCGCAGGUUUCUACUUUUCAUCUCGCCUCCCCACCUGCCUUCGUUUCAGUUUUGACCCAACCGGUCCGGGCAUGGCCCAAACGAGCCCGCUGGCUUCUCCCCCGCGGGCUUCGGCAGACUGCCGCUACUGCCAACGCGGAGGCUCCGGUCCCCGAUUCGCGUGCCGCGCUGCUGCUGCUGCUGCGCCCGGUUCGGUCGUUCGGGAGUCGGCGGGGGGAAGCCUCGGGCGUCUCCGCGAGAGGCAGCCGCUGCUGGACCGCGGCAGAAGAUGCUGUCCGCCGGAACAGCUCAGCAACGACUUCCCCGACGACCCGGAGUUCAGGGAGGUGGUCCGGAAGGCAGAACAAGCCAUCGAGGAGGAGAUCUUUCCGGAGAGGAUUUACCAGGGAUCCAGCGGGAGCUACUUUGUCAGAGACUCUCAAGGGAAGGUCAUUGGCAUCUUCAAGCCGAAGAACGAGGAGCCCUACGGCCAGCUGAACCCCAAAUGGACCAAAUGGCUGCAGAAGCUGUGCUGUCCGUGCUGCUUCGGCCGCGACUGUCUGGUCCUCAACCAGGGCUACCUGUCGGAGGCCGGAGCAAGCCUGGUAGAUCAAAAACUCGAGCUCAACGUAGUCCCCAAGACCAAGGUGGUUUACCUGGCGAGUGAAACGUUCAACUAUAACGCCAUAGACAGGGUGAAGUAUCGGGGGAAGAAGCUGGCCUUGGAGAAGGUGCCCAAAGUGGGCCAGCGCUUCCAGAGGAUAGGUCUGCCUCCGAAGAUAGGGUCGUUCCAGUUGUUUGUUGAAGGGUGCAAGGAUGCCGAUCAUUGGCUGAAACGGUUCGAAGUGGACCCGCUCCCCGGGGACACAAGUCGGCAGUUGCAGCUACAGUUUGAACGACUGGUUGUCCUAGAUUACAUCAUCAGGAACACAGACAGAGGAAAUGACAACUGGCUCAUAAGAUAUAACCAUUCAACGGACGCUGCAGCGAUUCCUGAUAAAGACUGGGUGGCGGUGAAGGAUUCGGUCGUCAGACUGGUCGCUAUAGACAAUGGCUUGGCUUUCCCCCUCAAACACCCAGACUCCUGGAGAGCCUACCCUUUCUACUGGGCCUGGCUGCCUCAGGCUAAAGUGCCUUUCUCUCAGGAGAUCAGGGAGCAGGUGCUCCCCAAACUCACUGACCCCACCUUCAUCCAAGACUUGGAGGAAGACCUCUAUGAGCUCUUUAAGAAGGAUCCGGGUUUCGAUCGGGGCCAGUUCCACAGCCAGAUCUCGGUGAUGCGAGGCCAGAUCCUGAACCUGAGCAAAGUCCUGAAGGACAUCAAGACGCCCCUCCAGCUGGUGCAAAUGCCACCGGUCACUGUAGAGACAGCCAGGGCCCUGCAGAGGGCCAACAACGGCUCCUACACACACAGCCUCCAGAGCAAGAGACCCUUCUUUACCUGGUGGUAGUGGGAGAGGAUAUGCACGCCUUCCUUGCAUCUUUACAAGAAGCACCGCCAUAUCAUCUCUGAGGACUAGUAUUACAAAUGAGAUGAUGAAAUGGGAGGACGAUACAAGAGGAGGCAAGAAAAUGGUGAAUCCAAAGGGGGAAUUUAUGGAUGGAGAUGAUGGAUGUUGAUGAAUGACAGGAUGAAACCUUGUCAGCGUCUGCUAAGGUACUGCAAGGCAACAACAAAAUAAACCUGAAAUGGCCUCCGUUCAAACCCUGGGCCUUCUGCGGAUGCUGCUCGACCCUUAGUCAAUAUCAGUGCGGUCCAUUUCGCAGUUUGUAUGACGUCCAACUUGUUUGAACGAUAAAUAGUUUCUUAUAGCGUUGCAGCGCUGUUAAGAGUUGCUGCUGGCUUCUCUGUUGGCAUUUUCCAUUAUUGACAUAGAAAUGUGUGUAUGCAUUUUUAUAUUUGUCUAUAAUGCAUCUGAGCAGAGAAUGAUUAGACACUUGAAUGUUUCGGGUUAUUACAUCUGGAAUGACACAACAUUCCCUGUGCUUGCCUUGCGUCAUAAGGAGCAACUCAGCCGUGGGGCUUCACGAUGUUUCACUACCGUCUGUGAAAUGAGCUGUCACUUCAGAGUUGGUGGUAAAUCAUCCGUUGCAAAUGAAGACAAGGCUUGACCAAAUCAUCAGGACAGCACUUUAAAAUGCCUACCCGCCAACUUUAGAAAGCACUGCCCAGAUAGCAGACACAUUUGGGCCUAAUCUGGGACACUUUUGGUACUUACGGCUCAGUUACAGUACUGGCAACUGUUGUGUGGACCAGAUGUGGCUCAAAUGUCAUAAGCCGGGCCUGACUUGGGUUACGGCAAGUGUUGUUUGGGCCAGACACGGCUCAAAUGUAAUGAACGGGGCUUGACUUGGGUUACAGCACACACUAUGUGGGCCAGAUGUGACCAAAGUGUGGCUGAGUUGAGGCAGCCACACUCACCCUGAGUCAACGCCGUCAUUCAAGGCCAAAUGUGGGCCGUAAGAUACCUGCAGAUGUGGGCCAUAUUUGGGCCAAAGAUUCUUUGCUAUCGAAAGGAGCCAGUUGAGGCGGUUCGGGCAUCUGAUUAGGAUGCCUCCUGGCGCCUUCCUUUGGAGGUUUACCGGGCAUGGCCAAUUGGGAGGAGACCCCGGGGUAGACCCAGAACUCGCUGGAGGGACUGCAUGUCCAAUCUAGUCUAGGAACGCCUUGGGAUCCCCAGGAGGAGCUGGAGGGCCUUGCUGGGGAGAGGGACAUCUGGAGUGCCCUAUUUAGCUUGCUGCCACCGCGACCCGACCCCGAAAAAGCAGCUGAAGAUGAGAUGAGAUGAGAUAUGAGAUGAGAUUCCUUGCUAUCUGGGUGGUGGUGGGGGGCUGUUUUGGCCGCCAUCUUAUUUGUUCUACCUCUGACCUCUGAGUGAUAUCCCAUUCCUUUUAGGGCGACAACUAAAAGAGCUUAGGACACAGUCCAUUUUCUGAGGAUGUCAAAUGUCUUUGUCAUAAUUAAUGUAGGGGCCGGAGACAGGGGAUGGACACAUGUUUGUUUGUCUCAGGGUGUAUAAACGUGACAAUGUAGUAAACUUUUUUUUUAUUUCUCUAAAAAAGUUAGAGAAAUCAUUGCAAUCUUUUUCUUUUUGUGAUCUACCCUCAUUAUUUUGGCCUAGCAGCUACCAGACUUCCAACCAACUGUACUGCGCGCAAACAUUUUGCGCCCCCAGUGGAUAUAGUCAUCUAUUACGUCUCCAUUUUUAUUCCCAUUUUAUUUAAUUUAUUUAUUUUAUUAUUUUUCCAUGUGUUUAUUCCCCCAGAACGCAUUUAUUUCAAUAUAACAUACACGUGUGAAGGGACAGACGUGUCAAAUGGCCCAGUUUAGCUUUUCCCAUUACAGCUCUGCAUUUUCUCUGCAUUCCGCCAAAACCAGUUCUGCCAGUCACCAGCAGAUGGCUCUCCAUUCUCGGUCCAUGUCUCUCCGUUAGGAAGACGUUCAGGUUUCGUUUGAGAUUUUAAAGAUUAUUUUUUAGCGCUGUUGCCUCCAAACGGAUUUUGCGUUGAUAAUGCAAUGUAAAACGUUAAUAUAUUAAAGAACACAAACAUUGUUAUCCACAUUAUUUUUGUCUUGUACACUCAAAGUUUUUGUUUUAUUAAAAUAUAGACCAAUGAAAGAACUUUAGUUUGGGGUUAAACCUUGUGUGGAUGAGGUUCUCAUGGAAGAUGUGGGGUGUGCAUAUAUUGAAUAAAAGGAGAUUAUUAAAAUGCCUAUACUGUA